AUGAAUGGCCAUGAAGAGCAGAAAGGGGAGAGGAUAGAUCGGGCGCUCGAGAGCGGGAAGACGUUCUUGUCCGUAUUGGAGAUCCUGACCGACGGCGUCAUCGUCUGCGAACCCCUCAACGUCGCCGUCAAGCUCUCGAAGGGACUGCUCGAGGCCGUCGAGAAAGCGCGGAAGAACCGACAGGACUGCAAGAAACUCGCCCACGACACGUUCAAGUUGAUGUUCAUCAUCGUGGAGGUUUUGAAGGGGAAGACUGACGAAGACGUGCCCGAUCAUCUCAAGCUUCGUCUAAAAGAUGUGACUGAUGUUCUGCUGCAAGUCAAAGACGGUCUUGAACAACUCAAACUCAACAAAAACUUCUCGUUUGUAUCGCUGUGCAAGGCGCUUCGGAGGCGUAACUUGGUGGCGGAGGAGAUAUCAGGAUACCGAGAUCAGAUUAAUGCGUGUCUACAACGUUUCCAGUUCGCCGUCACUAACAAUCUUGUCCUGGCCCAACAAGCAGGUUUUAUGGCUCAGCAAGCAGGUUUUGCGAGGCUCGAGGACAUGAUCCAUAACAUCGGCGGGAACUUCGACACAUUCCCGACCGCUGCCCCCAUCCCGCCGAAUCCUCCUAUAUCAUCCCUCAAACCUCCGCUUUACUUCUUCGGACGGGACGACCUCGUGAACGACCUGGUCAGCAAACUUGCCGGGACGACCCAGCAUCACGUCGCCCUCCUCGGCACUGGUGGCAUCGGGAAGACCUCUGUCGCGCAGGCCGUCAUAGACCACGAAAGCGUCAAGUCAAAGCAUCGCUGUUGCUUCAUCCGCUGCGAUCCUAUCCUCACCGCCCCGUCACUCGUUUCUGCCAUCCACCAGGGUAUCUCAAGCGGAAAUGCUCCGCAAGAUGGUGAUCUGGUCGCCAAACUUGAAUCGACCUUGCGAGCUGUUGGCCCGGCCAUCCUCGUCCUGGACAAUUUCGAGAGUCCGUGGGACGCUGGAGGGACCCGAGGGGAUCUCGGUGACGUGCUCCGCACGCUGACCUCCUUGCCGAAUGUGCAGGUGAUAGUGACCAUGCGAGGCGAUUCCCCGCCGGCAAAGGACAAGGUUCAUUGGUCGCCCGUAUCUCUUGAACCUCUGUCGUCUAGCUCUGCAAAGCAGUUGUUCCUUUCAGUGAAUCCGGAUACCACGGAAGAGGAGCAUCGCGACCUCGAUCGCCUCCUCGAGCAGUGCGACGGCCUACCUUUAGCCAUCAAACUGCUCGCCAACGUGAAGGGGACGUUCGCUUGCUCCAUCCUCCUUCAGCAAUGGGAGAAGCGGUCCACUUCCUUGCUCAAGGACGAGCACCAGUCUCCCACACGCCUCACCAGUUUAGACGUUUCCAUUUCUUUGUCCCUCAAUUCUACGAUGAUGAAAAGUGUUCCGGAAGCUAUGGAGCUGUUGGCCGUGAUUUGCCGACUCCCCGAUGGCAUAAAAGGCGGAGUUCAGCAGCUCCUUGACAUGGACCUCGGGCUGGAAGACGUGGUUGGUGCUCUUGCGGCGAUCCUUUCAGCUGCAUUGGUAUUCAGGGGUCCCGACGGCAGCAUCCAAGUGCUGUCACCCAUUCGUCAAUACGUCAUGGCACAUCAUGUCCUUGCAAAGCCACAGUCGGAAGCACUGGUGCGUUAUUACGUUGAUCUGGUCAACGAACACGCCGACAAAGAGCCUGGGGACGAUGGAUUCAAGCAUGCCUACGACAUUCUCACGCCCGAGAUGGGUAACAUCAUCUUCCUGUUCAAGGAGGAACUUGACCCGAUCAAGGGCAAUCCUCAAGCCGUCGCCCGAGCAGCUUUCAAGUUCACUGUUUUUCAAUACUGGCCACGGCCCUCGACCGAGCUCAUCGAUGCAUUACUAGGGAAUUGGCGAGAAAAUGAUACGGGCGCUUCACAUGCUGACGGCUUGACUCGCCGGGCAGAGCUGUUGAUGCGGAUGAACAAGUAUCCGCCAGCGCAAAGUGACCUUGAAGCUGCCCUACAGGAGUCUAACCUGGCCGGCGAUCAGGCGGCAGUGGCGCGUUGUCAGCAUGAUUUGGGCGAGAUCCAUCGCAUGCGCUACGAGCACGACCAGGCGAUCGAGAAGCUCACUCGGGCUCUCGAGGUGUUCUCCGAGAUCGGAGACCGGCUCGGGGCAGCGCAAUGCCAGGAAAGCUUGGGCAACAUCCAUCGCAUGCGCUACGAGCACGACCAGGCGAUCGAGAAGCUCACUCGGGCUCUCGAGGUGUUCUCCGAGAUCGGAGACUGGCUCGGGGUAGCACAAUGCCUGAAAAGCUUGGGCAACAUCCAUCUCGUGCGCCACGAGCACGACGAGGCGAUCGAGAAGCUCACUCGGGCUCUCGAGGCGUUCUCCGAGAUCGGAUACCGGCUCGGGGCAGCGCGAUGUCAGCAAAGCUUGGGCAACAUCCAUCUCGUGCGCCACGAGCACGACGAGGCGAUCGAGAAGCUCACUCGGGCUCUCGAGGCGUUCUCCGAGAUUGGAGACCGGCUCGGGGCAGCGCAAUGUCAGCAAAGCUUGGGCGACAUCCAUGGCAUGCGCGACGAGCACGACCAGGCGAUCGAGAAGCUCACUCGGGCUCUCGAGGUGUUCUCUGAGAUUGGAUACCGGCUCGGGGCAGCGCGAUGUCAGCAAAGCUUGGGCAACAUCCAUCGAAUCCAUCAGCGAUAUGAUGCAGCCAGAAGUAAUAUUCAAAAUGCCCUCCGACUUGCUUCAGACAUCGCAGAUCGCCACGGGAUUGCGUGGUGCCGUAUUCACAUGGGCCUGCUUGACCGUGAUUUACAAAACUUCACUGAGGCCGCCGAGAACAUCAAGGCUGCUCGAUCGCUGCUGGAGGGGAUUGGACAGAAGGGUUACGCGGAGUACUGCUCGGAACUUCUGCUUGAGAUGCAGAACACUACGAAGGUUCCCACCAAACAGUUGUUGAUGCAGACACCCACGUAG